CCUCCCCCCACCCCCACCCCCGCCCCUCCCCCUCCCACCAUCGACCCCUCCCCCCUCAAACCCCCUCCCCCACUCCCGGAAGCCACGCCCACCCUGGUGACAUCAUCAAUGACGUCAUCAAUGACGUCACCGCGCAAGAAGGGCGCGCCGCACGUCUGCGGCCUGUGCGCCAAGGAGUUCAAGAACGGCUACAACCUGCGGCGUCACCAGGCCACGCACGGUGACACCGCGACGGCGACAACACCCAAACGCGGCCACCACCCCCGCCCCUCCCCCACCUCACCCCUCCCCCACCCAAACCCAAUGGAAGGAGGAGGAGACAACGAGGAAUCGGCGCCGAAACGCGUCGCGGCACGGAAGAGUCACGCGUGUGACACGUGUGGGAAGGCGUUCCGCGACGUGUACCACCUGAAGCGGCACCGGCUGUCGCACACGGACGAGCGGCCGUUCCAGUGCCCCGUGUGCCAGCAGCGCUUCAAGCGCAAGGACAGGAUGGCGGCGCACGUGCGCUCCCACCAGGGACACGUGCACAAGCCCUACGCCUGCGGGCACUGCGGGAAGAGCUUCUCCAGGCCGGACCACCUCAACAGCCAUGUCCGGCAGGUUCACUCCACCGAGCGGCCCUUCAAGUGCCAGCGGUGCGAGGCGGCGUUCGCCACGCGGGACCGGCUGCGGGCGCACGCGGCGCGGCACCAGGACAAGUCCCCGUGUCCCGUCUGCGGGAAACUGCUCAGCCCCGCCCACCUCGGGGAGCACCUGCGCGGCCACGGACACGCCCCCAGGACAGGUUCCGGCUGCCCCUCCCCCUCCCCCGGCCCCGCCCCCGCCCCUCCCCCACCCCUGGACGGGGCCCCCGGGGGCAGCCAGGGCUGGUGAGGCCACGCCCACCCACAGGCCACGCCCCCUUUGCAAACCCCGCCCCCUCCCUAAGCCACGCCCCCUCCUUUCACAAGCCCCGCCCCCAAUGGGGAGGAACCAAUAAAAAUCCGAUCUCUGAAAA